AUGAAGGCUUCUUCAUUGUACGGGCUCGCGGCGGCUGGUAUAUCUGCGACCUGGCCGACCGUACACGCCUUGACCUUUGACGCGGUCUCGAUUCCCGAAAUCAACCUCGCCUCGCUAGGUCGGGUGACCAUCACUGGCGACUUUGAUGGCGUCUCCCUCUACGAAUAUGAAGGGCAAACCCAGACCACACAGCGUCAGGGCUCGUUGCUCCUCACUCCACUCCCCAAUGGCAUCCUCACGAGCCUAUCAUCCGCCAAUGCUCAGAUCCGAGACAUGUGCGCCUUCACGAAACAGGACGGGACUUUUGCUGGAAUCUUUGUGGGUGGAAACUUCACCAAGCUGGGCAACGUCGAGUCCACUGCUGUAGCUCUGUUCCAUCCCAACACGAGCGACGUUACGGCGCUGCCCGGCCUGCAGGGAUCGGUGUCGUCGGUGCUCUGCGAUCAAGACGCCAAUCGCGUGUACGUGGGUGGGGACUUCUCGUACAAGAACUCGAGCAAUGCAAUCUCCUGGUCACCCACGGAAGGGUGGACGGAGCUUAUGUUUGACGGACUCAAUGGUCCUGUCAACUCCAUCAUCAAGCGAAGCGACGGCCAUAUCAUCUUCGGAGGCUCAUUCGAUGGGCUGGGCAACAUGACAAGUGCAUCCGCCAGCGAACGUCAACAGGUUCUCAAUCUGCAGACUGCGACCGUGACUGCCGACGCCGAAUCAUCCUUGAGCGGGUUCACCGAUCCGCGCAAUGUCAUCUGCUCGACAAGCGGCCAAGCUGGCCCCGGCAAGACCUGGUUGCUCCACGACUAUGCGCCCGGAUUCUGGAGAGCCGAUCUCGGAUUCACAUUCCAGCCCACCAAGCUGCGACUCUACAAUACCCAUUUCGAAAACCGCGGCACCAAAAGUUUCCUGCUGCGGGCCCUGCCCGACACAGGAAUCAUGAACCUGACGUACACGGAUGACUCGGGCAAUGUGGCGCAUUGCGACGCCUCGUGCCAGCUUCCUGAAAGCAGCCAGGAAAAGUACCGGGACUUCACCUUGGUCAAUCCCGUGGGCAUGAGAGGGUUCCAGAUUGAGAUCCUCGAUUGGUGGGGCCAAGGUGCAGGAUUGAAUGGGAUCGAAGUCUUCCAGGACCAAAUCAAAACAUACGCCGUCAAUGCCUUCAACGAGCCCGCUUGUGCAGGACUGGACUUUCCCUCCAAAUCCACCCACACGGGCUCGUGGACGGUCAAGGACGCCGGAUAUCUGUCUGCGUCCGUGACCAACUCGAAUGACAGCAGUACCUCCGUUGUUCUGUACCCCAACAUCAAGGAGUCGGGUAACUAUACCAUUUUCUUGCACACUCCCGGAUGCGUACAAGACAACAGCUGCAGCUCUCGUGGUUCGGCCAACGUGACCGUGAGUGUGACCAAAGGAAAGAAGUACCCACAACCGCCCUCCAUGACGAAGACCCAGACGAACAAUGACAAUAAAAUCGAAACGCUCUAUUCUGGCUACGUCGAUGCCAGCAGUGGCUCAUUCCGCCCCGCCGUUACAAUCCAGCCUGUGCCGGGCCAGGGAGAUCUGACCUUUGUCGCAGGCAGUGUCGAGUUUGUGCUCCUGUCUCAAUCGACCUCCACCGACGGUCUAAAUGGGCUUUACGACUAUGACCCGUCAGCCAGGACCAUGCCGAAAUUGGACAGCUCAGCUGUGAACAAGGCGGGAAACGCUCUUGAUAGGGGAGCGGUGGUCAUGAGUCUGCUCGAGACUAAUGGUGCCGUUUACAUUGGGGGGAAUUUCAGCACCGAGAGAUUCCAUAACAUCAUGACCGUCUCAGACGGCAAUGCAACCGCCUUGCCUGGCGGUAGUCUGAACUCUGAAGUUUUUGCUAUGGCCGCACUGAACGACGUUAUGUAUGUGGGGGGCCAAUUCACCGCUACCACUGACGGGAGCGCCGAGGGACUGUCGUAUAUCGCCUCAUACUCCAUGUCAAACAAGAAAUGGUCACCGCUCGGUGCAGGGCUGAAUGGCCAAGUCCGGACGAUCUUCCCAGUCCAACUCAACGUGUCUUCAGCCGUCAACGAGACCAUUAUCGCGGUCAGCGGUGACUUUGAUCAGAUCCGCGCCACCGCCGAUCAGCCCGCUGUGCCUGUAGCUGGGUUUGCCAUUUGGAUACCCUCGAAGGAAACCUGGUUGCAAAGCCUCAACUCAACGCAGAUGGAAUUUGCCGGACAAGUUUCCGCCGUGGCCUCCGUCAACGGCACUUCUAUCCUUGCUGGAAAUUUGGCCACAGACGGACUGACCGCGUCCAGCGCUGUCUCGCUUUUGGACGAGAAGAAAUUGAGCCUGCUUCCUCUUCCGCUGAACAUCAAUCACACUGCAACCAUGCGAGGCAUCAAUUCGGGAGCGUACGAUACCGAGUCGAACCGAAACUUGACCAUUUUGGGAGGACAUUUCACCGCACUCGGCAGCAAUGGCUCUGUUAUUCACAAUGUCGCCAUACUGAACGGUACCGAACAGCGGGUUACCGGACUGCCUUCGGGUCUAAACAGCAAUUCUACCGUCCACGCCAUGGCCGUCCACAACAAUACCCUCUACGUCGCCGGUGUUGUCACGGGAACCAUUGGAGGCACGAGUGUCAGUGGCAUGGUUGCCUACGACUUGUCGCGCAACUCUUUCAGAGAAAAUCAACCUUGGUCCCUGAACGGCAAGAACGCUAGCGUCAGCUCCAUUGCUGUUCGACCUGGAUCAUCCGAGCUCUUUGUUGGGGGAAACUUUGAGUCUGCGGGCUCACUCCCUUGCACCACCGUUUGUAGCCUCGACUCCUCCCUCAACCAAUGGAGCUGGCCGGGCGCUUCCAUCAGUGGUAAUGUCAUGUCUCUUGUCUGGGCUAAUGCGGACACCUUGUAUGCGGUGGGAGACAUGGAAAUUAGCAACAACAAGACUGUUGUUGCAACAUUUAGCAAGAAGACUUCGGACUGGACGGUGCUCAGUGGCGCAUCACCAUCUGAGAUCCCCGGUAACGUGACCGCCUUUACCCCUGCGAACGAGGAGGUCUCGAAUUUCUGGAUUGCAGGCAGCUCGUCCAACGGGUCGGCCUUUUUGCUGAAAUACGAUGGGUCGAAGUUUCAAUCCACGGGGUCGCUCUUCGCGGAAGGCACUCGAAUUCGUGACCUAGAGGUCCUCCCCCUUAACAAAGAUCACUCGUCAGCAACCUUGCUCAACAACAACCAAGCUCUGCUGGUCCUGGGUGAGCUUGUCAUUCCGGACUUUGGCAACGCCUCUGCGGCGCUGUAUAAUGGAACCGCUGUGACGCCUUUUAUCUUGUCGUCCAAGCAGAACGGUGAACCCGGUAGCAUGUCGCGUUUGAUCAUGGAGAACAAUAACCCGUUCACGACAGAGAAACCUCACCACUCCAACGGCAUCGUAGUGUUAGUCGCAUUUUGCUGCGCCUUGGGUUGCGUCUUUCUCAUCGUUGCCGCAGGCGUCAUCGCCAACAAGAUCCAGCGUCGUCGACAAGGAUACAGCACUGCACCUCAAACCUUUGGUACAGACCGUCCAUCCGACAUGCAGCGCGUUCCACCAGAGUACCUCUUCAAUUCCUUACGUGGGCCGCCUCCCGGUGCACCCGUGCUUUAA